AUGGAUGCAUCAGAAGGUGAAUCUGUCGCAGAUGAUGCAGGCGACGAUGCAGCGUCAGAAGCGGAAGAAGUGACCAUCUUCUCAAAAGUCGCAGAAAAGCUCGGUGCAUUUGUCAAGGACUCCAAGGAUACCGUUGCCAAUAAGCGGAAACGACAGGCCAUCAAUGAGGAAGAGUCGGGCACGCCACAAUCUAAAGCUGCAAGAAAACGAGCACGCGUGUUGAUGGAAGAAGAUCCCUACCCUUGGUUGCAAGGAAAGGAUUAUGCACGGGAACAAGAACCAUCACGGAUACUCCAUCGCGAGCUACAAGACUUCAUCAAAUUUGUUGAGCCGACUGCUGGAGAGCAUGCACUCAGAUCACUCGUUAUCUCGCGGAUACGCAGGCUGGUGACGGCGAAAUGGCCCACUGCGUCGGUUCAUGCGUUUGGCUCCUUCGAGACUCGACUAUACUUGCCAACCUCAGACAUCGACCUCGUCUUGCUUUCUUCCGGUCAACCAGGCGAUCCUGUCUAUGAACAACCAAAACACCUCAAGAAGCUCGCACACCUCCUCGUCAAGGCAGGGAUCGCGCGGGAUAUCCAAGUCAUCACCUCAGCUCGCGUUCCUAUCAUCAAAUUUGUCGACAAACUCACUCAAAUCCAUGUCGAUAUCAGUUUCAAUAAACCAACAGGACUUGUUGCUGCAGGUGUCGUCAAGCGCUACUGUCAACAAAUGCCAGCGCUGCGACCACUCGUCAUCUUCAUCAAACAUUUCCUCAACAUGCGAGGCAUGAAUGAAGUGUAUCUCGGUGGUCUUGGUAGCUACGCCAUUACCUGUCUUGUGAUUUCCUUCCUGCAGCGGCACCCGAAGAUUGCGAGUGGACAAAUCAAAUCAGAAGACAACCUCGGUGUUCUCGCUGUUGAAUUUCUCGAGUUGUAUGGAAAGCGCUUCAACUAUGAUGUCGUCGGUAUCAACAUCAAUGGUACGGGCAAGUAUUUCAGCAAACAAGCAGUGGGUUGGCAACGACCGGGUCAGACAUACCUGCUCAGUAUCCAAGACCCAACAGACGCAGAGAAUGAUAUCGCAAAAUCAUCGUUUGGCAUUCUCAAAGUCAAAGGGACACUUGCUGGUGGUCAUGAUUUCUUAGUACAACGGCUGUAU